GCAGGCGCAGAGUGUGCUGGAAGCUUGGAACUGUUCUUCAGAGUGAACGUCUCUCUCACUCUCCCCAGUCGUUAAGUCAGAGUGCAGAGGAGGAAGGGAAGGCAGAGAGACCAGGGGAGGUCUGACGACACCAUCCCAGCUUACCCGGCACCUAUUUUAAAUGCAUAGAAUGAUGAAUGCAAGCGCACAGUCUGGCUUUGAUUUACUGGAGGAACAUCAAGAUUUAUAACCAAGCUGUCACUCUGCAAGAGAUGCGUGCAACUUUUCCUGCCAGUACAAAAACUUAAAGGAGCUUUGGAAACAUUGCAUGUUUAAGUGUCCACAGUGAGAGUCUGCAGUAGCUUUCAAUGCUGGAGGUCCAGUGUAAGAAUGGAUGACGCAUGUUCUAGGCUAACGGUGUUCUUCACCGUUUUCUGAUCCUGCUUUAAAGGGAACAUCCAGCCAAACAAAGAAGGAGCAGCUAAAGAUACAAGAACUUUCACCUGCAACUUUUACCCCAGGCUGAUAUGAUGCUGUGGUACAACUUUGGCCACCACUUGCUCUCUCUGGCAGCACUUCUGGUGAUUGUGAGCUGUGGAGGAGGGGAGCAGAGGAGAGGGACGGAUAGCAGCAGCACCAGCAGCACAGGUGGCGGCAGCAGCGGCAGCAGUAGCAGCAGUAGUGCAGGAAGUAAUAGCAAUAAUUACAGCAACAGACGCUUUCAUAAGAUCCAGCAUGGUCAGUGCACCUAUACGUUCAUCCUACCUGAAGGAGACGGAGCCAGAGGAGGCUCCUGCAAGGAGGCGAAAGCCGGUAGCCCAACAACGCACAACACCAACUCUCUCCAAAGAGACGCUCCGCCACCUGAGCCAGACUUUUCCAGCCAGAAGAUCCAGCAGCUCGAGCACAUUAUGGAGAAUUAUACCCAGUGGCUACAGAAGAUUGAGAACUACAUCAAAGAGAGCAUGAAGACAGAGAUGGCUCAACUGCAGCAGAGUGCCGUGCACAACCACACAGCAGCCAUGUUGGAAAUGGGAACCAACCUUCUUUCUCAGACGGCUGAACAGACACGCAAGCUGACUGACGUUGAGACACAGGUUCUGAAUCAAACAUCCAGGCUCGAGAUACAGCUGCUGGAAAAUUCUCUUUCCACAAACAAGUUGGAGAAAGAGUUAAUGGUCCAGACCAAUGAGAUCAGCAAGCUGCAUGACAAGAACAGCCUCCUGGAGCAGAAGAUGUUAGAAAUGGAGAUGCGACACCGUGAAGAGCUGGAGACGUUGAAGAAGGAGAAGGGAAGUCUCCAGGCCCUGGUGGGGAGGCAGAGCGGGGUUAUAGGGGAGCUGGAAGCCCAGCUGAGCCGGGCCACAGGAAACAGCACGGCCUUGCAGAGACAGCAGCAGGAGAUGAUGGAUACCGUCCACAACCUGCUCAACCUCUGCUCCAAAGAUGGAGUUGUGCCUAAUAGUACAAAGGUCAUGGAUGAAGAGAAGAAUUUUCGCGACUGUGCUGACCUGUACCAGGCUGGCAUCCAUAAGAACGGAGUCUACACCAUCCAGAUCAACCCUCAGGAGACCAAAAAGGUGUAUUGCAACAUGGAAACAGCCGGUGGUGGAUGGACAGUCAUCCAGCGCAGAGAUGACGGCAGUGUGGACUUCCAGAGAACGUGGAAGGAGUACAAGAUGGGUUUUGGGAGCGUGUCUGCAGAGCACUGGUUAGGGAAUGAGUAUGUUUACCAGUUGACCAGCCAGAGGCAGUAUGCCCUUCGCGUAGAACUGACAGAUUGGGACAGACACCAGGCAUUCUCACUGUAUGACCGCUUCCAAAUCGGCAGUGAGAAACAAAACUACAGGCUGUUCCUGAAAAGCCAUAGUGGAACUGCAGGCAGACAGAGCAGUCUAGUAAUCCAUGGAGCAGACUUCAGCACCAAGGACAUGGACAAUGACAACUGCAUGUGCAAGUGUGCCCUCAUGCUAACUGGUGGUUGGUGGUUUGAUGCCUGUGGCCCGUCCAACCUUAACGGCAUGUACUUCACCCAAGGACAACACAUAGGGAAGUUGAACGGUAUCAAGUGGCACUACUUCAAGGGCCCCAGCUACUCACUACGAGCCACCGUCAUGAUGAUCCGCCCCCUGGACUUCUCCUAGUCUUCUGAACUUGCGAACUUUUAACUUCCAAAUGGCUAUGUAGCACAUUAGAGGGAACGCAUCCUAUUUUAUCCUCUUGUCUCAUCUCAUUUCGCUGGCCAUGGGAGUCAUCCAAUGAAUCUUUUAUUCAACCUGGUUCUUCCCCAGAGCAACUGCUAUUUCUGUGCUAAUGUUUCUUCAUAACCUUUCCCCUCAAUGAACUGAAAAGCAGCCAUGGGGAGAAAGACAGAGCAAGACAUGACUCACCUGAACUGAUUUCUGCUCUCAAGCAGAUUCACAAACUUGACCUAAUUGAAGGACAAAUGCGUUCAGGUGUGUUAGCGCACACCUGGAAUUUGUGGAGCAUGAUGUCAAACCACAAUUUUCCUGGGGACCUGUGUUGUAAUAAUAUGUAGGACUUGAACUCUUCUGAAUGGAAAGCAGCUAUCAUAGGGCAGCACUGACUCUUGAACUGCAGGACAGAACUUAUCCGGAACGCUUUAAGGAGACGAAUGAAAUAUAUGGCUUUUAUAUUAAAAUGUUGCUCACACAACGCAGCCCAUAAAUAUUACAAUUGUAUUAUAUAUAUUGUGUUUUUAGUAUUAUUUUUGCUAUCCCAACUGUGUACAAUAUCAAAAGUGAGAUAAAAUUGUCUUUUGUACUGUACAGUGUAUACUGGAUUUCUAUCUGCAUUACGUAUAAAGUGAUUGGUAAUAGUUAUGAGGGCUGCUUGCAGUAUUUGCUGGCAAUUACACACUAGCUGUCUUGAUUAUUUUUAGAGUGCAUGAUGUGAGGUUAUUAUUGGAUUAGAGUCUGGACUGAGAUCUGUUUGCCUUUGUUAUUGGCUGAGAAACGACUAACAACUGCCAAGGUUCAGAUUGUGAGUGAUCACCUUACCUCUGCAGAAUAUGAAAAACAAGGACAUUAAUUUAGAUGCAUAUAAUUAGUGAAAUAUAACAAUUACAGCUGUGUGCGCAUGGAGGAAGAAAAUGAAUGUUUGCAUACACAACAAGUAAUGCGUAUUUUCAAAAAUACACCGAGAUAUACAGUGUAUUUCUGAGUGUAAUGAUGAAGGACCACAUCAUGAUCCUUCCAUCUUCACAAAGAUGUAAAUGCUUAUAUUAAGCUGGUAUCCCACAUGUAUGAAACCCACAAAGAAUGAGGUUAACAUUCAUAUAACUGAAUAUUAUUUCUAGCUGUAGAGGACAUUAUAAAACUCCUUUAAGACCUCUUACCUUAGGACAAAGAGCAGAUCAUUAAGACAAGUUGCAUCCAAACUAUUUUUCACAGACAUCAACAUGACACAGCCUCAGAAUCCAGCCAGUUCUGUUUCUCAUCAAUGCAGCUUUUUUUAAAAAGGAGUUGGAUAUGAAGCAUGAAAUCAAUGAUUCCACCAAGUGAUCCGUGUGAACACAUAUUUCAUAACUUCCAGCUUAUAACAACAGAAUCUACUGUGGACUAUUUACUAAAGGUACAUGUGGCGAGAAGAUAUAGUGUAUCUGGAGCUUGUAAAACUACAACUGACAUGUUUAUUAGCUUACUAAAAUUGUAUAAUUUAAUGUGUGUGUACGUAAAGCAGCUUUCCUAAGGAAAGCUAUUCUUUUUUCUGUUUUUACUCUGCCUGAAGUACAAUGGUGUUUUGAAGUUGAGCAUAAAACAUAGAAGUUAAGAUAAUAACCCUGGAGAACUGUGCCUUUGAUAACUCCGCUUUUACCUCAUUAAAUUCCAGAUUUGCAGAUUUAUUUAAACAUCUUUUGUAACAUGUGGUCAGUGUUGUGUUGCUAGAUUAAAUAAAAGAGCAUGUGAUGCACUAAUGUUUUCAA